CUGCACACACUGCAGCCACGAUCUCAAUUCUAUCAGCAGCCGGAUAAUGAGGAUAUAUCUCGAUGUUUUGAUCCACGACUACCGCAGGCAACAUUAUAUGGAUCUAUUCUCUCUAUUUAAUACGAUUGGUAGUCAUGGCCGACUUUUAUUAAUGAAUACGUCCACUGAGGUUGCAAUAAAAACACUACAGCAGUCUCCGGGCGACACAACCUGAAUAUAAAGCAUUCAUUACAGAGUCAGUGACAUUACAGUACUGCUUGCGUCUGACUCAGAGCCUGUUUGUUCUACUCUCGGCAGUCUGCAUGCAUGUGGAAGUAGCCUCUCACGGCUGGUGAGACGAAGCACCAAUACAAGGAGCAGAGUUCCGGCAUGUUGAAACUUUAGUCAACACAACAGAGACAAGAGGAUGAACAAGAAGAAGGACAAGGGCUUUGAGAGCCCGCGCCCCUUUAAAUUGACCCACCAGGUGGUGUGCAUCAACAACAUCAACUUCCAGAGAAAGUCUGUCAUUGGCUUUGUUGAGCUGACCAUUUUCCCCACGGUGGUCAACCUGAACCGGAUCAAGCUUAACAGCAAACAGUGCCGCAUCUACAGGGUCCGAGUCAAUGAACUGGAAGCACCAUUCAUUUACAAUGACCCUACACUGGAGGUGUGCCACCAUGAGUCCAAGCAGAGGAACCUCAACUACUUCUCCAGUGCCUACACUGCAGCAGUGAGUGCUGUGGAUCCUGAUGCAGGACAUGGCGAGCUCGUCAUCAAAGUUCCCUCUGAGCUCUGGAAACAAGGGGACGAGCUGAAAGUUUUAAAGGUGUACAUAGAGUUUUCCCUGGACCAGCCAAAAGGAGGUCUUCACUUCGUCGUUCCAGAUGUGGAAGGCAGCAUGGCGGAGAGGGGGGCUCACGUUUUCUCCUUCGGAUACCAGAACUCCACCAGAUUCUGGUUCCCCUCUGUGGACUCCUACUCAGAGCUGUGCACAUGGAAGCUGGAGUUCACCGUGGAUGCUUCCAUGGUGGCGGUAUCCUGUGGAGAUCUGGUGGAGACCAUCUACACUAAUGACAUGAGGAAGAAGACCUACCACUACAUCCUCCCCAUCCCCACCGCGGCCCCCAACAUCUCUCUAGCUGUGGGGCCAUUUGAAAUCCUUGUAGAUCCCUACAUGCAUGAGAUUGAAAGAUACACCCACUGUUUGAUGAGGGGGCCGAUGUCUUUGCCUGAGACGUUGGAGAUGGACUUGAGGAAGGCUGCUGACUCUCCUCUCCUCUGGAUCCGGAUCGACCCGGACAUGUCCAUCCUGAGGAAGGUGGAGUUUGAGCAGGCUGACUUCAUGUGGCAGUAUCAGCUGCGCUAUGAAAGGGAUGUAGUUGCACAGGAGGAGGCCAUCUCAGCUUUGGAGAAGUUCCCAACUCCUGCCUCCAGACUGGCUCUGACGGACAUCCUGGAGCAGGAACAGUGUUUCUACAAAGUCCGCAUGCAGGCCUGCUUCUGUUUGGCCAAGAUAGCCAAUGCCAUGGUGAGCACGUGGCAGGGCCCCCCAGCUAUGAAGUCCCUGUUUACCAGAAUGUUCUGCUGUAAGAGCUGCCCCAACAUCGUCAAGACCAACCACUUCAUCAGCUUUCAGACGUACUUCCUGCAAAAGACGAUGCCUGUUGCCAUGGCGUUACUCAGAGAUGUCCAGAACCUCUGUCCCAAAGAUGUGCUCAACUUCAUCCUGGACCUGAUCAAGUACAACGACAACAGAAAAAACAAAUUCUCAGAUAACUACUACCGUGCAGAGCUGAUUGAAGCCCUGACCAACUCCCUGACCCCGGCCAUAAGCAUCAGCAACGAGGUGCGCACCGUGGACAAUCUGAAUGCUGACGUGCGUCUCAUCUUGGAGGAGAUCACACGGUUCCUGAACAUGGAGAAGCUGCUGCCGAGCUUCAGGAACACCAUCACUGUCAGCUGUCUGAAUGCGAUCCGAGAGCUGCAGAAGAAUGGACACAUUCCCAGUGAUGCGUCGCUCUUCAAGUCCUACGCAGAGUACGGACACUUUGUAGACGUUCGCGUCGCUGCACUGGAGGCUCUGGUGGACUACACUCGAGUGGAGAGGAGCUCAGCAGAGCUGCAGUGGCUGCUCAACAUGGUGCAGAACGAGCCGGCUCAUUACGUCAGACAUAAGAUCCUUGGGAUGCUCUGCAAGAAUCCACCUUUCACCAAGAGCACAGACUCGGCUCUGUGUAACGAAGCGCUGGUCGACCAGCUCUGGAAACUUAUGAACUCAGGUACGUCCCAUGACUGGCGGCUGCGCUGUGAUGCAGUGAACCUCUACUACACGCUGUUUGGUCUGACCCGCCCCUCCUGCCUGCCCCUUCCGGAGCUGGGCCUCGUGCUCAACCUGAAGGAGAAGAAAGCUGUCCUGAACCCUACCAUCAAGCCUGAGUUGGGGGGGGCCCCAGUGAUGGACACCGCGGCCAGUAUAGGCAUCCAUGGUGUUGGCAUAAGCUACAUAGCUGUGGAUGAAGAGCCUGACCCGAUUUCAUUAGGGGUGUGUGGGGUGGGCCAGCCCCCCCAGGGCCUGAAGAGGAAGGCUGAUACCCCGCUGGGCUCGCCUCCAGAGCCGGGACAGAUCCUGCAGCAGCAGGAGGACGACGGGAGGGGGGGCCGCUUCAAGAUCAGGUUCAACACAAUGGAAGAUGAAGAUAUCGAUAUGGAGACGGUUCAUGAUAGUCAGGCCUUCAUUCACCAUCAUCUCAACCUGUUAGAGAGACCCUCUACACCAGGUAAAGAGCCUCCGUCAGUGGAGCAGUCCAUGCUCUCCAUGCCUGCCACGCCCGUGCCCUCCUUCUCCAAGGAGACCACCUCUUCAACCUCCAAACACGGCGGGGAGCACGGCCACUACCAUCACCACCACCAUCAUGAGCACAAGAAGAAGAAGAAGAAGCACAAACACAAGCACAAGCACAAGCACAAACAUGAGAGCAAGGACAAGGAGAAGGAGAGGGGGGACGGGGGCCACGCCUACAGCAACAGCCCGGCCAGCGGCAGGUCGCUGCACUCGCCCUCGCUCUCCGACUGAGGGCACCUGCACACAUCUGAGCACGGAGUCACAACAUGGCAGUUUAUCUUAAUAUUCAACACUCAAUGGUGUUAAUGCACAGGAAGACUCAUUAGGACAAUGCAUACAAGGAAAGGAUGACGUAGUCCUCAGAUCAAUGGCACCACGCAAUUUCUCAGCGGUCAGUUUGAGAGAGGAAAACCCUCCAGAGCCACAAACACACACACACACACACACACACACACACACACACACACACACACACACACACACACACACACACACACACACCAUGCUGGGGUUUGUGGACUUUUGACACCGCUUCCAAUCUGUCUGAGGCAUGCAACCGCACACACCUCUCUCCACAAACAGGCAACAACCUCCCCCCCCCCACAGACCACUCUGGUGUGCCUCAUCCCACAGCUCGGCCCCGGCCUUCAGUGAGGCUCUGAGGGGAGAUUGAUGACGGGGGUGUGGAGUACAGCGUCUGUCUUCAACAUCUUAAUGACAUCUCCUGUUUGCCCUGAACAUCUCCUGUCCACAAAUGAAACUCAAGUUAUACUAGUAUGUUUUUUUCAAAAUAUGUUUUGUUUUCCCAACUGUCAUCAUUGAUAAUGAAAGACACUUUUGUAUUCCUGAAUGUUUUAACUAGAUUCCAUGUAUGAGUACAUUUACUCUGGCUCUGUUUAUUAGCAGUGGAACACUGAGAAUAAUUCAAUGUUCCUCAUUUAGAGCAUUUUGAUUCUUAUUGAAUCAGACUCGCCUAAAUAAACAAUAAAAUAAAUAGACUUAACAUUGUGUAAAGAUUCCUGACAUUUGUUAAAAGUCACUUUCAGAAGUUGUUGUUAAACACAAUAAUCUACUGAAGGCUAUGACCCCUCAAAACACUUUUAAAUGUCAGCAUUCACACUCCUUCAUACAGAGGCAGAGGCUGCCAUCAUGAGACCCUAACACUCACACACCGCUGGCCAUUGGGAGCUAUUAGGGGUUACUGAGUAUCCUGCCCAAGGACAUGCUGACCACUGGAGCUGGGGAUCAUAAAUUAAACAAACCAAUAAUGCUGCUGCCAACAAAUGUAAUUCGUAACAAUCUGAAGCCUCUGUAAAAUAAUUUCAAUUGUAACAACCUUUUAGGGGCCUACACACAAA